GUUCUUUCAAGCAACACUGGGACCUCCUGAGCACUAGAACAACAUUUUUGGCCUAGCUUUCGCACCAGAGCAACUGUCAACUCUUUUGAACUGCCUGCCUGGUCUUCUAUCCGAUUUGAACAAAACGACCAGACCUCUCACUUUUCACUGUGAAGACUGUAGCGACGAUUUCAGAUCAGACGACAAAGAUGGCUCAACAACCAGCAGCUGCGAAGAAGCAGCAAGACCUUCAGCUUCAGUACACCACUUACAAGAACACUCUGCAACAAAUUGCCCAGAAGAUUGGCGAUGUUGAGCAGGAGGCCGAAGAGCAUAAACUCGUCCUCGAAACCUUGGACCCUCUCCCGGCAGACCGCAAGUGCUUCCGCAUGAUCAAUGGCGUCCUGGUCGAGAGGACGGUGGAGGACGUGAUCCCCGCUUUGAAGACCAACGCCGAGGGUUUGAAGAAGGUUCUGAACGACUUGGUCAAGCAGUACCAGAACAAGCAGGAGGAGCUGGAUAAGUGGAAGAAGAAGAACAAUGUCCAGGUUGUUCAGUCAUGAGGAGAUAGACGGUAUGAUAUGCUGGAGGAAGAUAGAGAGAGAUUUCAUCAGGUAUAGUGUACGGAUACAAUACCCCCCAACCACCAUUACGGAUUUGUCAGUGUGAGGAGGAGCCCGAAUGAAGCAAGUGAAAAAUAAAGGUUCAAGUGGAUAGACGAUGCCAUGUCACCAAGGGUGGUCGGUUGUUGACGUGUUCAAGGGCAAGGAAGGUUCGGCAUGUGAAGGCGAUAAUGAUCGAGAACGAGCUACAGGGCGAUGACGUCGCGUUAGGGUGCUUUCUGUUUUCAGCAACACGAAAUCGAUAGUGCUUAGAGUCAUAUCAUGGAUGCCGAUGUUGAUAGUUGUCAAGGGGCGGCCGACAUCAGCAGCAGAACCGAAAGGAUGCGGAAAAGUUCUCCAGAAAUGGAAUAACCAAGAGCUGUUAGGCCAUCAUCCUACUUCAAUAUUUACACGCAAGGCAUAAACAAUCAGUUGACAGUUGUCACGGCAUACUUGUGCUUUUGGGGGUGCUUAAGAAUGCUGGAUAUGAUGGUUGUGGUGGUCGUGGUGGUGGUGUGGUUGAUGAGUUGUCCCAUGUCCAUCCUGGCAUGGCAUUCCCAAGGAGGCUCACUGCAGCCUAGCGACAAAGGGGCGCGUCUCAGUGCCCAACCGGGAGGCCGGAAACCUUCCUCGUCCCAAGCCCAGCCAGCGCAUGCGGUUGGUUGGUUGGGCUUCGAUUGGACUGGAACCCGCGAGUGAGCAAAGCAAAGCAACGCAAAGCAAGCCAAAAGACUGGUGAUGAGCUACUGCGUGUGCGAGAUUGUCUGAGAUGACGGGCGGACGGACAAAUGCAAAGAACGGUUAUGACGGACUUGCCGUCGGCGGGCGGAACGCCGGCGUCAUUUUCUCCGCUUUAAAUGGCUUGAAUGUAAGUAAGCCGCCGUUUAGCUUGAAUGCUUGUGAUAUGUUACGGUCCUGUCGUACAGCAGCACAUCAUGAAACGCGGGUUUUUGUUGGCCAGCCCCAACCAUUUUUUGUCUGAACUUUGCGAUUGAGGAGACCCGUGACAGUGAUAGCGUGUUGAGCCAACAGGGGAUUUCUGCGACAAUUUCCGGAAUAUCUCCCAAUGAGAUUGUCGAAAUCCCAGGUAAAAUCGAUUAUUGGCGAAGAACUGGCUUUGUGACAACCACUGAGCGUGGUCUUUGAGGUUGUCCCAGACUCGUGUUUGGAGAACAGUGAAAAUGGCUGUGAAUGGUUACCCGCAUCGUGGGAAACGAAAGAAGGGGCGGGCAUAUCAUGACAGGAAGAUGGUGAUAACGAAGAGCCCAGCCAGUCAUCACACACUCCUCUCCUUUGGGAUCUCCUUUGGACCCCCAAACAAUAGAUCCCCAGCCCCUUUCGGCCUAAAAAGCCGUUGUUGGAUUUCAGGGCACCGAUUGGGCUUCUGGGUUUCCUUCAGCCUCCUCGUGCCUGUUGC